GCUUCCUCCCCACCUCUCCGUCCCUCCCUUCCAUUCCCCUUUUCCCCUCCUCUCACCAAAUCAAAAAGCGUGUCCCACGAAAACGGAAGCAUUCGUCGGCGUCGUCCCCGCGUUUCCCCAAUCUCUGCCUGCCCGCCUUGCUUGCUGCAACUGCUCCUCUCCCGCCUCCUCCUUGCCGCGCCCGAAUUCCGGACCCCGUCGCCGCGGCGGCAUCCGGCACAAGCUGCGGUCGCUUUCCGCGUCUUCCCGCCGCGAGCAAGCAGGUUGGAAAUGACACAUAUGUUUCCAUAUGAUGGUGCCUCGUCCAGCUCAACCUCUUUGGGUAGUCAGAAGAGCGAGACUGAUGAUGACAGGAUGAUUGCAAUGGUUCUUUCAGAAGAAUAUGCCAAGUUAGAUGGAGCUAUGGCCAAGCGGCUCUCAAAUUUAACAUCAAUUCCUCAUAUCCCCCGAAUAAACACAUACUUUCCAACAUACAGUGAUGCCACUCUAGAUCACCAUCGCCUUCUCGAUAGGCUAAAUGUUUAUGGGUUGUAUGAAGUGAGAGUUUCUGGCGAUGGCAAUUGUCAGUUCCGUGCACUAUCAGACCAACUAUAUCGAUCACCCGAUUAUCACAAGCAUGUACGAAAGGAAAUAGUGAAGCAGCUCAAGGCAUGUAACUCGUUGUAUGAAGGUUAUGUUCCAAUGAAAUAUAAACAUUAUUGCAAGAAGAUGAAAAAAUCUGGUGAAUGGGGUGACCAUGUCACAUUGCAAGCUGCUGCUGAUAAAUUUGCUGCAAAAAUAUGCCUUCUAACAUCAUUCAGAGAUACAUGUUUUGUUGAAAUUGUUCCACAGUAUCAGGCUCCACAGAGAGAACUUUGGCUAAGUUUCUGGUCUGAAGUUCACUAUAACUCACUAUAUGAUGCUCGAGAUCUCCCUAGCAAAUACAAGCCUAGAAAGAAGCACUGGCUAUUGUUUUAGUAACCAUGCCAGAGUUUUGCUUCAGACAUGGAUUUUAUUGCUCGGCCUGCCUUUUGCUCCGUGCUGGUUGUCGGAGCUUGGAACCCUAAAGAGUGGAGAUUACUUCUGUGGUUCUCUUCUUUGAUUCCCUGAACCAUCGGUUUGCCGGUUGCCCUCCUCCCUACAGUACAUACAGCAUUAGCUAUACCUACAAUACUGAAUUCGAGCUUGCUUCCUUGUGAAUAGAUGCCCAUACCGAGUUUUACCGAAAUCCAUGUUGAUUGUAAACCAUAUUUGUUCAUUGGUAUACUCUGUAUACAGGUUAUAGACUGCUGUCCGCUAUCAUUUAUUUCAUUCCAUUUUAUAGACAUUGCACUUGAUAGAAUUUAUUCAAUCCAUUUUAAGAUAUGAAAAUUGCUUUCGGAGCUCAUAUACAUAGGCAUGUAGAAGGCUACUCACCACCUCUAAUUGGCAUGGUAUACAC